GCUGCAUGCUUAUUUUGUACAGUAAUGUACAUUUAUAUUGGAGAGGCCAGAACUGUGAGACAUAAGAGAGCUUUAUGGAACCUAGCAUAUCAAUUAACAUAUCAUUUUGGAGCAGGUCAAGCUGCUUCACUUUUAGACUACGGUUGUUUUUGUGGAUGGUAUGGUGAAAGCACCCAACUAGAUGGCGUGGAUCAGUGUUGUAAAGACCACGACGAUUGCUAUGGUUGUGAAGAUGCAUGUUGGCCUAAGACUUGGCCUUAUGCAUAUGAUCUCCAGAACAAAACAGUCAACUGUCAAGAUAGUCGCAAUUCCUGUAAGGGGAGAGUAUGUAAGUGUGACAAAACAUUUGUGGACUGCCUGUAUAACAAAGAACUGAAUCCGGAAUAUUACAAUGUAGACAAAGAUACAUAUUGUGAUGAUGAUAAAUAAUAAAUGU